AAACAAUUUCAAAAGUUGUCUUUGGGUGAAAUAAGACAUUUAAUACAAGAAGAAAGAGAAGAACUUAAGAAGGAUUACAAAGAAUUAGGAGAAAGAAAAAAACUUAUUAAACAAUAUCAAAAAUUACAAAAAGCUAGAGAAAAAGUGAGAAAAGGAAUUGAUAUUAAAAAAGAAUAUAAAAAGAAAGCUAUCAUUAAAACGAAGGGGCCAUCAGUAAAGAAAAAGAUAAAAUCAUUUGAUGAGUAUUUUGAGGAAUGUAUAAAAAAUAGAAAGAUACCAAAAGAUACUCCUUCUUACUUACGUAAAGCUCUUGAGAGAGCUAUUAGAGAAUACGACCAAGGUUUAAUAAAAGAAAAAUCAUCUCUUGAAAACUUUGCAAACAAAUAUGUUAUUAAAGGAGAAGCUGGUUCAACUCCUGUUGAUUUUCUAAAUAGAGUUUAUAAUACUGUAGAAGAAUUUUUUAAAUAUCAUCGAAACAUUAAAUUUAAUAUGCUUUUGGUUUGUAUGAUGGAACAACAAUUACUUAGUAGAGAUCAAGGAGUUAUAGGAUUGAAUCAAAGUAAGGCUUACUUUACAUCAGGAAUUCAAAAAAAUUUAGAAUCAACAGAUGUAAGUAAUUUAGUUGAUCGGUGUUUUAAAAGAAUUCUUAGUGAUUUAGAAGCUUAUCAAGAAAAUGGAAGUGGAUGGUAUUUUAGUGAAGUAGUUCAACUUGAAAUUCAUACUGUUGAGUUUAAUCCAGCGAAGGGGUCGUCUUACAUUCCUCUUCCAGAUUGGAUAUCAAACAAAAAAGCAAUUGUUAAUAUUCAAAACAAAGAUGAUAAAUGUUUUCUUUGGUGUAUACUUAGAUAUCUUCAGCCAAAAGAAGAUAAUGAUUCAAGAUUAAAAGAUUUGAAAAAGUAUGAGUUUUCACUUAACACCAAAGGAAUUACUUUCCCAGUAAAAUUAAGUGAUAUUUCCAAAUUUGAAAAACUUAAUCCUGAACUUCCAGGUAUCGAUGUUUUUUCAGUUGAUUGUAAAGAUUUUUAUCCUUUAAGAAUGGCAGAGAAAGACUGUUUAAAUACUAUUGAUUUAUUUUUGUACGAAGAAGAUGGUGUUUCACAUUACACAUUAAUCAAAAACUUUAAUCGCUUAAUUAAGUCUCAAAUGACUAAAAGUAAGAAUGGUCCAAUAUUUAUUUGUAAGAGAUGCUUUUCACAUUUUACUAAGCCAGAAUUAUUAGAAAAGCAUAUCAAAUACUGCUCAAAUAAUGAAACAGUAGUUGUAAAAAUGCCUCAACCAGGAAAAAAUGUUUUAAAAUUUAAAAAUUAUGAAAAACAACUUCCCAUCCUUUUGUGGUUUAUGCAGAUUUUGAAUGUUUUACCAAACCAAUGAAUACAUGUAGUCCAAAUCCAAAAGAAUCUUAUAAUUACAAUUAUCAAAAGCAUGAACCAUCAGGAUUUUGUUUCCAUAUAAAAGGAAUAGUAGAUAAAAACUUUUUACCUUGUUUAUACUAAAAAUAAAGAUAGUGAUGAUGUAGCUAAGAUAUUUGUUGAAAAACUUACAAAAGUAACUAAAAGCAUAUAUAAUGAUUUUUAUCGUAAACCAUUACCUCUUCGAUUGUCAUCAAAAGAACAAAAAUCAUUUAAUGAAGCUGAAAUUUGUCAUAUUUGCAAGAAAGAAUUAAAAGAUGACAAAGUUAGAGAUCAUUGUCAUUUUACUGGAAAAUACCGUGGAGCUGCACAUAACGAAUGUAAUCUUAGGUGUAGAAAACCAAUGAUUCUUCCAGUUGUAUUUCAUAAUCUUCAAGGUUAUGAUGCACAUUUAUUUAUUAAACAACUUGCUAGUUUAUCUGGUGAGUUAAAUUGUAUUCCAUCUACUGAAGAAAAAUAUAUUUCCUUUUCCAAAAAGAUUAAAGUUGAUGAGUACAAGUGUAGAAUAACUGGAGAUAUUAAACAAAUAUAUUUUGAAAUACGAUUCAUCGAUUCAUUUAAGUUUCUUCAAACAUCACUUGCUAAUCUUGUUUCAAAUCUUCAACCAGAAGAUUUCCUUAGUACAAAAAAAAUAUUUAAGAAAAAUUUAAAUCUACUAACUCGUAAAGGAGUUUAUCCUUAUGACUAUGUUUCAUCAUUUGAAAAACUAUCCGAAACAAAACUUCCACCAAAAGAGGAAUUCUAUUCAAAACUAAAUGAUGAAGAUAUAUCAGAUGAUGAUUACCAACACGCUAUCAAUGUAUGGAAUACUUUUAAAUGUAAAACAAUUAGAAAUUAUCAUGAUUUAUAUCUUAAGUCUGAUGUUCUACUAUUGGCAGAUGUAUUUGAAAACUUUAGAAAAACUUGUCUCAAACAUUACAACUUAGAUCCAGCACAUUAUUACACAUCUCCUGGAUUAGCUUGGGAUGCAUGUCUGAAAGAAACAGGUCAAAAUUUAGAAUUACUAACUAAUUAUGAUAUGUUGAUGAUGAUUGAGAGAGGAAUUCGUGGUGGAAUAUCUCACAUAUCAAAAAGAUAUGCGGAAGCGAAUAAUAAAUGUAUGAAAGAUUAUAAUUCUGAUAAGGAAACUAGUUAUAUUCAAUAUCUUGAUGCAAAUAAUCUUUACGGUUGGGCAAUGUCUCAACGUCUACCAACACAUGGAUUUAGUUCGAUGAAAAAUUCAACAAAAGAAAAAGUAAUGGAUAUUCUAGAUAAAGCAAAUCAUAGUAUGUCAAAUCUUGGAAGAAAAGGAUAUAUAUUUGAAGUUGAUUUGGAGUAUCCUAAAAAACUAUGGGAAAAACAUAACGACUAUCCACUUGCACCUGAAAAGAUUAUUGUUAAUGGUGUUGAAAAACUUAUUUGUCAUUUUAAACCAAGAAAGAACUAUGUUGUACAUUAUCGAAAUUUGAGACAAUACCUUGAGAUGGGAAUGAUAAUAACUGCUGUUCAUAGAGGAAUAUCAUUUUACCAAUCUUCUUGGAUGGAACCAUAUAUAAGAAAAAAUACAGAACUUCGUAAAACAGCGGUCAACAGUUUUGAGAAAGAUUUUUUCAAACUAAUGAAUAAUUCAGUAUUUGGAAAAACAAUAGAAAACAUAAGGAAAAGACAGAAUAUAUUUAUUAUUAAUGAUCGUAAAAAAGCUUCAAAAUUAUCAAGUCGUCCGAACUUUGACAGAGCAACAAUAUUUGAUAAAAAUCUUAUUGCGAUUCAUAUGAAAAAAACAGAAGUGUAUUUUAACAAACCAGUAUAUGUUGGACAAGCAAUUUUAGAUUUGUCAAAAACAUUAAUGUUUGAUUUUCAUUACAAAUAUAUUCAAAAGAAAUAUAAAGACAAGGCUGAGUUAUUGUUUACAGAUACAGACUCGUUGAUUUACCAUAUUAAUACGGAAGAUUUUUAUAAAGAUAUAUCCUCUGACAUACUAUCCAAGUUUGACACCUCUGAUUAUCCUUCCAAUCAUCCAUCUGGUAUACCAACAGGAGUUAACAAAAAAGUAAUAGGAAUGUUCAAAGAUGAAGUAGCAGGAAAACAAAUUACACAUUUUGUUGGAUUGCGGCCCAAACUUUACAGUUUCAAAAUAGAACAAAAUAAAGAGGUAAGAAAGUGUAAAGGAAUAAAGAAGAGUGUUGUAAAAAAAACAACGGAUUUUAAUGAUUAUGUUCAAUGUUUAUUUACCGGUGAAAAGGAAAUGAGAACUAUGAAAAUUAUAAGAAGUGAAAAUCAUGAUAUGUAUUCAAAAGAAGUAAAUAAAAUAGCUUUGAGUAAUGAAGAUGAUAAGCGCACUGUGAUGUUCAAUAAAGUGAAUACGAUGGCUUUAAGAUAAAUAAGAUAUUAAUAAUAAAAUAUUAUUAAUAAAUGAAUUAUAAAGAAGAAGAAAUCGAAAGAUAUCUAGAAAUAUUAAGAAGUUAUAAAACCAAACCAGAAGAGAAAAAAACUAAAAAAGUUAAAUGUAGUAAUUGUCAAAGCGAUAGUUUUGUUGUUGAUUCAGGUUAUAAUAUUUGUGAUUCCUGUGGAACAAGUAAUGGUCAUGUUCUUGGUUAUUUUGACUUGAAAGAGUACGAUAGAUUUCACUUUAGAAAGAAGAGUAUUUAUCAGAGAAAGUAUCACUAUGAGAAAAAGGUUGAUCAAGUUUCCAAAAGAAUAAAACUAACUGAUAAUGAAAAGUGUGAAUUGUAUAAUAAACUAAUGAAUAUUGAUAACAACGUAAUGGAA